AUGAGAGUUAUUGCUGCCCUCCUCGUUAUUGCACUUGUCUGCCAAAGUGCUAUGGCUGUUACUUCCAAGUCCCAAGCCAAGUUGAUGAUGGAAAAGAUCAACUCUAAGAUGGAGAAAUCCCCCCUUGGUCGUGCCUUAAAGGGUAUGGUCACCAUUGCCACCAAGCUAGGUUAUGAAUACUAAGAUCUCUAUGAUGCCUUCGCUGCCCUCAAGAAUUAAUUAUUAGAAAACCUUGAUAACGAAAAUUCCUUAUUCGAAUACUAAUCCGCUCUUCACAAUAAUACUGUUUCUCAAUUAAACGCUUUAAUCAGCAACUACACUAAUCAAAUUAACGAUGGUGAAGCUUAAUUAAACGACCUAUAGAACUCCUUGUAAAUCUAUUAAGUAAACUUAGAGAAUGCUUAACAAGCUCUCUAUUACAACAUUGAAACUCGCGAUAUUUAUUAAGAAUCUUAAAAGAUAUUGUAAGCUUAUUACGAUUUUGCCACCGCUGAAUUCAGCAAUGCCGACUAAGUUAUCGGAGUCGCUAUUGAAAAACUCCAAGAAGCUUAAUCGUAAACAAACAAUUAUAUAUUUAUUCAUUUUGAUUUUUUAGCAAUUAAAUGA